GUUAGGCAACAGAGUGUAGGAAGUGCGCAUGCGUCGUCUGCUUAGCGAUAAGAAUUGCGCGUUAUUUGAUGGCAAGGAGUAAGAACAAGUGCGGCACUAUGGGUAGUAACUGUACCUCCGCAGAGAAAAAGAUCCGGUAUUACAAAAUCAGGACCUUAGACAGCGAGCAGAAGUACGGGAUUGCCUGCAAGAACCUGGCGGAACUGAAGCAGAAGGCAUGCAGGAAGUUUCAGUUGGAUUUUCCUACAACCCGCUUGUGCUUGUAUGAGGAUGGAACAGAGCUGAGUGAAGAAUACUUAAAAACAGUGGCAGAUAACACAGUGCUUUUGUUACUGACUCCACGGCAGAUGUGGCAGGGCUAUGUUUCUGACGUUGAGCGCUUCCUGAAUGCAUUUUACACAAGGCAGUCAAGCAUUGUGGAGGCUGCACUGAAAUUGUUGGCAGAUGAGGAUGCUCCCAAAAGACAAAAGCUGCUGGUAGAUUUCAUUAGCAACCUGAAUGAAAAUAUCUUGGCAGAGAAUCGUGAAGAUGAUGAAUCAUGGUUUGAAGGCAUAGAACCCAGGUUCAAAAACAAAUCUAACUACAUGAAGUACAGCUGUGAAAGCAGAGUACGCAGUUACAUGAAAGAGGUGCAAAGCCACACUGAUAGUGUAGAUCCAGUGACAAGAGAUGAAUACAAGAGGAUCAUUGAUGCCAUGUGCGAUGAGCUGAAAGCUGUGAAAUACAAUGGCUGUUACUUUGAUCGAACGGAACAGAAGCCUAAUCGGCUUUGUACUUCAGAAGGAUGGUUUUCUUGCCAAGGGCCCUUUGAUGCAAAUGCCUGCACUUCUAAACAUUCCAUCAAUCCUUACAGUAACAGAGAAAGCCGGAUUCUUUUCAGUACCUGGAACCUGGACCACGUAAUUGAGAAGAAAAGAACGAUCAUCCCAUGCCUGGUUAACACUCUUAAAGAACGCAAUGAGAGACAAGUAAACUGGCAGUAUUUCUUCAGCUUGCUGUUUACCAAAGAAAACUUAAAAUUGGUUCAUAUUGCAUGCCACAAAAAAACUUCUCACAACUUGUCUUGUGACUGCUCCCAGAUUUACAGAAAAAGGAAGGCUCCCAAAAGAACUCUAAAAUGAACUAUUGGACUGCCCUAAAAAACAUGCUGAGCAUUGAAUGGACAAUGUGACAGUGUGGACCAGUAUGUAUAAUAUCAGGAAGAAGAUUGUGGGAUGCCCACCUCAAACACCUACAUCUGACCUGCCAACAACUGGCUCACAGUCUUCAUGCAUUAGUUUAACAGGCAACCUGAAGGGGUCCCACCAAAAUUGUUUAAUUUAAAUAAUGUAAUGAAUCAAAACUCAAUUUUAUGUGAAAUAUUAGGGGUCAUUUACGUUAAACAAAAUCCAGACCAUAGCACAUCUGCCCUUAUGCCAGCAAGAAGUACCGAGCAAUGAUAGCGAAUUGGACUUAUUUGGCUUUGCCAAAAAAUCGCUAAAAACUCCCCAAACACAUUGAAGUCAGGCGACUAUUUUUCAGACCAGGCAACUUUUUUUUACAUUUUUUUUUUUUUACUAUCAAUUAGUCUAUGGGGACAUUUUUUUGGAGAAAUGUGGCAAACAAUUUUGCUCAUCCAGAUCACAAGUCCAUCCAACCUGCCAUAGGGCAGACAGUAAGGGCUCUUACUCAUGAGCGUUUUUACCCCCCUGCGUUCCGUUUUUCGGCGUUCAGCUGCAGGGGAGCAGAGGAAUAGACGCAAUUAAUUUUU